AUGCCACGAGAGAUCAUCACCCUUCAAGCAGGACAAUGCGGCAAUAGCGUCGGCAGCCAAUUCUGGCAACAACUCUGCCAAGAGCACGGUAUAAACCAAGAUGGAAACCUAGCAGACUACGCGACCGAAGGCGGCGACCGCAAAGAUGUCUUCUUCUACCAGUCUGACGACACGAGGUAUAUUCCCCGCGCCAUCCUCCUCGACCUCGAGCCGCGCGUGAUCAACAGUAUUCGCACGGGCAGCUAUGGCAAUAUCUACAACCCGGAGAACAUCUAUGUGCUGAAGGAGGGAGGUGGAGCGGGAAAUAAUUGGGCGCAAGGGUACUCGAGGGGUGGGGAGAUUGAAGAUGAGGUGCUUGAUAUGAUUGAUCGGGAGGCGGAUGGGAGUGAUAGUCUUGAGGGCUUUAUGCUGCUGCACUCCAUCGCAGGCGGCACUGGCUCUGGUCUGGGCUCCUUCCUCCUUGAACGACUGAACGACAGAUUUCCGAAGAAGCUUAUUCAGACGUACUCGGUCUUCCCCGAUACUCAACCACAAGCUGGCUCCGACAUAGUUGUGCAGCCGUACAACUCUCUCCUGGCCUUACGGAGACUGACAGAGAACGCCGACUCGGUGGUGGUGCUUGACAAUGGCGCGCUUGGCAGAAUAGCAGCAGACACCCUCCACGUCCAGGAGCCAUCAUUCCAGCAAACGAAUCAGCUCGUCAGCACAGUGAUGUCUGCAUCGACGACGACUUUACGCUACCCUGGCUACAUGCAUAAUGAUAUGGUUGGCAUCAUGGCCAGCCUGAUUCCAACACCGCGGUGCCACUUCCUACAGACGAGCUAUACACCUUUCACAGGCGAGAGCGUAGAGUCGGCGAAGCUCGUACGCAAGACGACAGUACUGGACGUGAUGCGAAGGCUUUUGCAGCCAAAGAACCAGAUGGUCUCAACGAAGCCGAGCAAGACUUCGUGUUACAUCUCGAUUCUCAACAUUAUCCAGGGUGAAGCAGAUCCGACAGAUGUCCACAAAUCACUCCUCCGCAUCCGUGAACGAGAAAUGGCUUCCUUCAUCCCAUGGGGUCCGGCAAGCAUUCAGGUAGCACUAACCCGCACAUCACCAUAUCUCCAACCUCCAUACACAACCCGGCCUCCACCACGCGUAAGUGGACUGAUGUUAGCCAAUCACACCGGCAUCGCCACCCUCUUCAAGCGGAUAGUAGCGCAAUACGAUCGAUUGCGGAAACGUAACGCUUUCCUGGAACAAUACAAGCGAGAGGAGCCGUUCAGAGAUGGUCUAGGCCAGUUCGACGAGGCGAGGGAGGUGGCUAUGGAUCUGAUCGGAGAGUAUGAAGAAGCCGAGUCGAAGGACUAUCUGAAUGGUGGCGUGUCUGAGGAACCUGCUAAUGGUGGUGCUGAUGCGAGGACUGAUGGAAUUACUGGGAGAUGA